GGUUCCGGUGGAGGCGGCCGCCAUGGCGCUGCUGGCGUCCAACCCCGGUAACCCGGUGGUGUUCUUCGAUGUCACCAUCGGCGGGCAGGAGGUUGGCCGCAUGAAGAUCGAGCUGUUUGCUGAUGUUGUACCCAAAACGGCGGAGAACUUCAGGCAAUUUUGUACAGGUGAAUUCAGGAAAGAUGGUGUCCCUAUAGGUUAUAAAGGAAGCACUUUCCACAGGGUAAUAAAGGAUUUCAUGAUUCAAGGAGGGGACUUUGUAAACGGAGAUGGCACUGGUGUAGCUAGUAUAUACAGGGGUCCCUUUGCAGAUGAAAACUUCAAGCUGAAACAUUCUGCUCCUGGGCUGCUCUCUAUGGCAAACAGUGGUCCCAGUACCAACGGCUGCCAGUUUUUCAUUACCUGCUCCAAAUGUGACUGGUUGGAUGGGAAACACGUUGUGUUUGGUAAAAUUGUUGAUGGGCUGUUGGUCAUGAGAAAAAUUGAGAAUGUGCCUACAGGUCCCAAUAACAAACCCAAGCUGCCAGUUGUGAUCUCUCAGUGUGGGGAAAUGUAAAAACAGUGAAACAGAAACGUGAGACAUCUGGAAUUGCCCACGAAGACGCAUCCGCGCUUCCAUAAUAGUCUUUCAGAUCUGCAGCACUUCAGGCUCUUGGGAGCUCCUCCUGUUUGAUGAAGUGACAACAGGGGAUGUAAUCAUUCCCUCAUUUCCCUGGUGCUUCUGGUGGCAUUUAUAGGCUUUUGAAGGCGGGGACAACCUUGUUAAUAUACUUUCUGCAGAUGGGCAGACCCAUGCACAUGGGUCAGGUCCCCUUUAGGCUUGUCCUCAGGCUCAGGCUUGUUGAUGAUUUCGUUUUGGAGUGCGUGAUCUGUGGCCAACAUCCAGCUUGAGACUGGAAGCUUUUAAUUUCUAGGUAUGAGGCUGGUGCCACCUUGCUUACAUCCCCAGCCAGGCCUUUGGAACUGCCUUUCUGCAGCCUGCUGCCUCUCAGCUUUCUGUAGACAAGAAGGGCAUUUUUUUUGCUCAAUGUCAAGACAACUGAAUAAGUUACUUGUCAAGAUCCUUUCAAACCAGAUAGAUUUUAAGUUCAUAUGUAGGUGCAGCUGCCUGCUGUGGAGACGCAGGACUUCUGGGUUCUCUAGCUCAGGAUUGACAUGAGCAGGUAGCACUCGCUUGAAAACUGCUGUAGCAUCACCCAGUGUCACUGCCCAGUCUUGCUGUUGUAGGAUAUGUUGGGAAGGACUGUCCAGCA